UCGAGCAAGGAAGGAAAAGGGGCGGAGGGCAGAGCAGCUCGCCGGCUGGGCUGAAUUAAGUCCCGUCGAAUUCGGUGCGGGCGGGCUCGCGCUGGGCGGAGCUGGCUCGGGCGGGCGCAUCUGCGAACUUUUGUUUGGGAGUGUUUGUGCGCCCGUGAAGUUUGAUAACUUUCCAUUAUUUAUUAUUGCCGUUUCCGCCGCUUGCCCGGGCCGGAGGAAGAGUUGCGGCGGCGGGGCUGAAAGGAGGCAAGCAAACCAGCAGAGGGGCGACCUAGAGAGCAAGAGGCCGCCGUCGGUACGGGGCAUGCGGGACGGCGAACCGGGAGCUGCGGCUUAAAGAGAAGCGGCCGAAACAGGCAGGCCGGCCAGCCAUGGACCCCGCCGGGCAGCCCCAGCAGCAGCAGCCUCCGUCGGCGGCCCCCCAGCAGCCGCCCUCGGGGCAGCCCCCUCCAGCGGCGGCGCCUCAGCAGCCCGGCGGCGCCGCGUCUGGGGCCCCCCCGGCCGGCCACCAGAUCGUGCACGUCCGGGGGGACUCGGAGACCGAUCUGGAGGCUCUUUUCAACGCCGUCAUGAACCCCAAGGGGGCCAAUGUGCCCCACACGCUGCCCAUGCGGCUCCGCAAGCUGCCCGACUCCUUCUUCAAGCCGCCCGAGCCCAAGGCCCACUCCCGCCAGGCCAGCACAGAUGCAGGGACUGCAGGAGUCCUUACUCCUCAGCAUGUCCGUGCUCACUCCUCCCCAGCCUCUCUGCAGCUGGGCACGGUCUCUCCAGGGACACUCCCCCCCAGUGGUGUCAUUUCCGGAGCUGCGCCGUCUUCACAGCAUCUUCGCCAACCAUCUUUUGAAAUCCCUGAUGAUGUGCCCCUACCGCCGGGCUGGGAGAUGGCAAAAACUCCUUCUGGCCAGAGAUACUUCCUGAAUCACAUUGAUCAGACAACAACUUGGCAGGACCCGCGGAAAGCCCUCCUAUCCCAGAUGAAUGUUACAGCCCCCACAAGCCCACCAGUGCAGCAGAACAUCUUAAAUUCAGCACCGGGCCCGCUCCCUGAUGGAUGGGAACAAGCCAUGACCCAGGAUGGAGAAAUUUACUACAUAAACCAUAAGAACAAGACCACAUCUUGGCUAGAUCCAAGAAUUGACCCACGCUUUGCCAUGAGUCAGAGAAUCAGCCAAAGCGCUCCUGUGAAGCAGCCACCUCCAUUGGCCCCUCAGAGUCCAUCUGGUGGAGUCUUGGGAAGCGGCAGCUCCAGUCAACAGCAGCAGAUGAGGCUGCAGCAGCUGCAGGUGGAGAAGGAGAGGCUGCGACUGAAGCACCAAGAACUGCUCCGGCAGGUGAGGCCACAGGCAUUGCGGAAUAUCAAUCCCAGCACAGCAAAUACUCCAAAACGUCAGGAAUUGGCUCUCCGAAGUCAGCUUCCCAGCAUGGAACAAGAUGGCGGCUCUCAGAAUCCAGUAUCCUCCCCUGGAAUGUCUCAAGAACUGAGAACUAUGACCACAAACAGUUCAGAUCCUUUUCUUAACAGUGGAACUUUUCAUUCGAGAGACGAGAGCACAGAUAGUGGACUUAGCAUGAGCAGUUACAGUGUCCCCAGAACUCCAGACGACUUUCUCAACAGUGUUGACGAAAUGGAUACAGGAGACACUAUCAACCAAAGCAACAUCCCUUCACAUCAGAACCGUUUUCCAGACUAUCUUGAAGCCAUUCCAGGGACAAACGUGGACCUUGGGACGCUGGAAGGAGAUGCCAUGAAUAUAGAAGGAGAGGAACUGAUGCCCAGCCUCCAGGAGGCUCUGAGUUCUGAUAUCCUUAAUGACAUGGAGUCUGUCCUGGCAGCCACCAAGCUAGAUAAAGAAAGCUUUCUUACUUGGUUAUAGGGGCCUCAGGGAGCCGAAGUUUGAAACCUUUGAAGGAUCUAAGGAGAUAAGACACGUACCUGACGCUGCGAACAAGCCUGUGCCGCAAACGCUUCUUGGCUUACGAUCAGAGAAGAGAACAAGUAAAUGAACAAAAUACUCCAGAUUCUUUUCAUCCAACAUUUUGUUCUUCCUUAUCCAAUCGCUGCUGUUAUACCGCUGACCUCUUUUCACAGUUGACUCUGAAGAAUUAGUUCUUUUAUCUUUUUUUCCCCCCUUUGCUGUUGCAACUACUGUUCAACAUGGUGGUGCUGGAGGGGAGGGGGAAGGAGCAAGAAAAUAGCCCAGCCCGGUUUCAGAUGCCAGCUGCCGUUCCUAUUGUCCCGCUGCCUGUACGUGUAUCCUUUUUUAUCUAAUGUGGAUUUUGUUGCAUUUAACUCUGCAUCUCCCUACUUGCAGCCGGCUUCCUUUUGCUUUGCCUGCGUGGCAAGCGGCAACAGCGUGACUUACAGGUUCGGCAAGCCAAAAAUGAUGUAUCUAAUGGGAAAAGAGUUGGUGCUGAUUUGGAGCGAUCUUCAGAAGACCUUUGAAUGCCAUACAAAAAUCUGUCAGGCACACGGGCUGUUGGAUCACCGUUUAAAUGAAUAGAAGUUGCCUGGCAGUGACGUUGGCUGGGUUAUGCCUAUUGCUAGCUAAUUAUUAGCUGUCCCUGUUUGGCUUUCUCACAUUUUAUGGCACCAUAAAUCAUGAGUCAUUUUGCAUAAACUUUAUGAAUCUUGAUUGUUACCUCUUAUUCUAGCUUAUAAUUUUUUUUCCUUCUGAAUCUUAGAUUUUUUUUAUUAUAGCAAUAGGUUUGUAAGUUAACUUUUUUUAAAAAAAUAGUGAAACUUCACUUAGUCUUAUUUAAAUCUGAAAUGGUUGACGUUUUUAUACCUAAUCUAGUGUAGUCAGCCAGAAUAUCCAUAGUUGUAUGUUGUGCUUGUAACUUUUUGUUUAAAAGAUAGCUUUGAAUGUAUUCAUUAGACUACAGGAUCCAUGGCUUAUCUUUUAUGCCUGACUGCCAGAAUCUGAAGCAAUGAUCUUCUUAAGGACCUUGUCCUAAAUGUACUUUCUUCCUUGAAAAUUAGCUCCAUUUGUUCCAGAGGAAUCUGCAUCUAUCUAAAAACGUUCAGGAUUGCCACUUAAAGGGUGGUCCAAUUGUAUGGCUUUUUAAAAAAAUAAUAAUGAAUUUUAAACACGGCAAUUGUAUGCUAUGAAGUUUCCUCACGGGACAGCUCUUGCCGAUGCAGGGAGAGCUUUAUAGUGUUGAUGAAAUUGGUGGCUUGAAAUUCCAAAGUCCCUGAUGGAUGAAACAUGGACAAAAGAUGCUUUUCCUCUAGUUAGUUUUCAUGGUAUCAUCUGCACUGUCACCUGAGUUUACAAUACUGGCAAGAACGCUUAAGGUUUAAGGUGCAUCAAAAAAAAUCAGAAGCCAAAUGGUGCAUAUAGAAGACUGUAAAGAUAUGUGUUAGAUGGUGAGGCGAGCAAGUAGAAGAGUAUUUUAGUCAUAGAGGUUAGUUAGCACUGAGAUCGAGGGCUGGGUGCAUCUCAACGCCAUUACUUUUAACAGGAAAUAAUCGCCCUCGAAGUUGUCUGCAGGAAUUGUACGACAUGUUUUCCAAAGAGUAUUUUAAGCGAACAAAAAGAGCACGAAUCAAUGUUAUAGUAUAAGCUAUGAAGUAUUUCCAUGUGUAUACUUUUUUUAGAUGAUUGGCACCAACCAAUACUUAAGGAUCUGAUAUCAUUCCUACUGGUUUGUUUUUCUUAUUUUCAAGAUGUAUCCAUUUGCCUUUCAAAAGUGUUUUGGGCUGAAACCUGGAACAUGGGAAAUUUUAAAAAAAUGUUGGCCCCUUGAAGUUGACGUGGGGCCUAAUGUUUAGCCCGUGGCAAUAGGCCACAGUUUAAUGGGUCCCUUAUCAUCUGCAAAGUGUCAGUCCCAAAGCAGUGAUGUGAAGAGGGGUCAAGAGAGUACAUCACACUCCCAUUAAGAAGGUUAUUUCCUCUAGUUUUCCCACCAAUUUUUUUCCCAAUUUUUUCUGCUUUCAGAAACAAACUGAUGCUAAAUAUAAACUGACUUGCAUAGUCUUAUAGAUGUGCACCAGUGAGAAAAUUCAGUGUUCGUGCAAUCAGUUUCCCUAUUUUGUAUCCAGAUACUGGAGGACCACUUUGUAUCUGUUUGAGCACCAAGUAGGAAAUGGUGAAUUUCCCAUCCUGGAUAUCACAUAGAUAUGCUUCGGUUGAUUACAGAUGUAAAGUUGGAACCUUCUUAGUUUUCCCCCUGACACUGUACAGCCACUACACAGCUUAUACUGUAUCUGAGCAGCACUGUUAGAGAGGUACAGACAUAAAACUGGGAAUUCUUGAAUUUCUCUUAACACUAAACCUGUUUAUGCAAUUCUUAAAACUUUAUAGUAACUUUUUAAGCCUCUUCAUUUGAUGGGAAAUGUGCCUUAGAGAUAAUUUGUACUGUUGACGGAGAAAGAAAAUGAACCGACAGAAAGUUUUUAUUGAGUCUAUCACUUGACAAAGUGGCUUAACCUUUUUUUUUGUACUGAAAUGCAAAAAAAAAAAAGGAAACAAGUGUUAUGGGUAGUAUUUUGUAUUGAUUGGUGUAUAUAUUUAAACAGAUCGCUGUCCUAACUUCGUAGCUUCUAGAUAUUUUUUUUUAAGUACCGUUUUUUCCGGAACGCAAUUGAAACUUAAUGAGUUAUUGUAUGUCUGCAGCAUUAUCUGCUUUGGAAUAUGUGCCGUUUCUAUGAAAUCACAAGGAUCAAAAUGUGUGUACCAAUCAGUGUUGGAACUCAAGCAAUGCAAGAGGAGAAUUGACUAUUUCAGAGCGAUUAACAGUAACUGAGCUUUUGCACAUCGGGAGAAUCCAUAUUAAAAUGACUUCACUUGUAAUCAUGGGGGGUGUUUUCUGCAAAAGGCAGGUGUGUUUGUCUAAACUGACUUUUUUUUUUCCCCUUCGUGGAGAAAAAACCCUCUAUGCUUUAAAAUGUUUUCUAUUAGAGAACUCUGAAACACAACUUUUUUUUUUCAAAUAUAUAUAUAUAGUUACAAAUGUGAUAUUUUCUUUAGAUGUAAGAGCAUGCCUCUGUUAGGUACCGUAGUCAACUCUGUUACAUUAUUUUCUUUUUAUGUAAUACAUUUUUUUCAUUGCUUUUUUUGUUUUGGUUUAUUUUACAUGAUAUAAAUAUAUACUUUGUGCUUA